AUGUCGAAUUCUAUUAAAACGCGCGAUUCCGCUCUCAAUGCCAUUAAACGGUAUAUGGCAAAAAGUAUUGAUGAGGCAUUCACUAUGGAUGCAGAGAAUAUUGCAAGCUACCUUCAGUUAUUGAGUGAACAGUGGGUUCGUUUUAACGUUGCUCAAGACGCUGUAGAAAUUACGUGUGGUGCCGAUGUUAUUGAAAUUGAAGAAAAUGUGCGUGUCCAAGCCGAAACUUGGUACUCUACAGCUUCAGCUAACUUUAGCCGCGUGAAAAAUUGUCGUACUAAUUCGCAAGAUAGCUCCACAAAGGCAUCUGUGUCCACGGUUAUACGUUUACCGAAAAUGGAGUUGCCCACAUUCUCCGGUGACUCUACAGAAUGGAUUGGUUUUUUCGACGCGUUUUCUUCGUUAGUUGAUAAUAACUCUGCUUUAUCAGAUGGACAAAAGUUGCACUAUCUCCGAAGCUGCUUGAAAGGUGACGCGUUGAAAAUUAUCAGUGGUUUUAAAAUAUGUGACGCAAAUUACGUUGAAGCUUGGGGUCUAUUAACAUCGCGGUAUAAGGUUAUUCGUGUAAUUGUGGAAUCUCACCUUCGCGCGUUGGCUGAAAUUAAAAGGGCUACGCAUGACAAUGCUGACGCAAUCAAAGGUGUAAUUGAUGCGUUCCAACAGCAUAUUCGCGAGCUUAAAGCGUUGGGUCGUCCGAUUGAGUUUUGGGAUGAUUGGUUGGUACAUGAGGUCGUCAGUAAGUUGGCAUUCGAAACGCGUAAGCAGUGGGAGUUAUCGCUCGUUAGUGAUGAUCCUCCAUCUUUUGAGCAACUAAUAACAUUUUUAGAGAUAAGAUGCCGAUCGUUAUCGAUGUUUUCGUCGUCAACAACAUCAGUACCAAUUAAGGUUAAAACUGCAUCAGCAAGCAAGUCGACAAAUGUGUUCCACACGGUAUCAAAACAAAGUAACGUGUGUGCAUAUUGUAGUGGACCUCAUAAAAUUUACAGUUGUGAAAAAUUUCGUGAAUUGGACUUGUCUACAAAAUCACAGUUCGUGAAGCAAGGUCGCAUAUGCUUCAACUGCUUAAGUUUAGGUCACUAUAAAGACCGUUGUAAUAGUGCUUCCACUUGCCGCAUGUGUAAACAACGUCAUCACACUCUGUUGCACGGUGCUUUGCAGUCAACGACCGUUACCGCAGUGAACAAUUACGCGACGCAUUCGUUAUGCGCUGCUGACGCCACAUCAAAGGUAAGCGCAAAAGCUUUUGAACUUCCAGCAAGCGUCGACGUUCCACGCGUUUCUUCAUGCUUGAACUCGAGCUCCAAUCCACCCAUAGCUGUAGAAAGAGUUGUGCUGUUAUCCACCGCAUUAGUGAAGGUACGCGACUGUUCUGGUAAUUGGCAGCCCGCACGUGCACUUUUCGAUUCUGGAUCACAUGCUUCCUUUGUAACCGAAGCGUGUGUGCAACGCUUAGGCCUGCCGCGAUCAACAUCUGAAGUUAACAUUACUGGAAUUGGGUCAGCGCAAGGAGGACGAGCUAGAGGUGAAGUAUCACUUUCUCUUUCUUCUUUCUCUACAAAUCAAUGCUUUACUGUCAAAACGUUAAUUCUGUCUAAAAUUACAAGCGACUUGCCAACACAGACUAUAGCUACUUCAUCGUGGCCACAUAUCCGAGGUUUGUUUUUAGCCGAUCCCCAUUUUAUGAAGCCUGGACGGGUCGAUAUAUUGAUUGGAAUGGACGUUAUGGAUCAACUGAUCUGUACAGAACUUCGUAAGGGUCCAUCUGGAGCUCCUAUGGCUCAACUGACGGUCUUUGGGUGGACUCUGUUUGGAAGCGUGAAUGGAUCUGAGUCUGAUAUGCCACGCUUACAGUCGUUACAUUGCGAUGUUCAUUUGGAUCGAGCAUUGAACAAGUUAUGGGAGUUAGAGGAAGCUCCGCAAAAAACGUAUCUUACGCAUGAGGAGCGUUACUGUGAAGACCAUUUUGAAACAACGCAUCGAAGGGAACCUAACGGACGGUUUGUCGUCGAAUUGCCGCUGAAGCCCGAUGUAGCUCUGGGAGAGUCGCGAAACUUUGCUAUCCGGAAUUUGUUACGACUUGAAAGAAGACUCGCUUGUGACUCCGAUCUUCGUUUACGCUACAAUGAAUUCAUGAAUGAACUUAUUGACAUGAAACAUAUGCAGGUCACGUCAGAGACUAUGAAUCCAACCUAUUAUAUGCCUCAUCAUCCUGUUUUAAAGGAAAGUAGUACCACGACCAAAUUGAGGGUUGUAUUUAACGCGUCCGCAAAAUCAACUUCCGGAAAUUCGCUGAAUGACGCAUUAUUUAUAGGACCUCAAUUGCAGGAAGAUUUAUACUCCAUCUUACUUCGCUUUAGAACACACCGCUAUGCUCCACCCAUCCCUGCCUAUCCAAGAUUUUCGCAUGGUUCGCGUAACGUACGGAGUGGCAGCUGCGUCUCAUCUAGCUGUCCGAUCACUUCAACAGACGGAGAUUCGUCGAAUGGUUGUGCUAGGGCUGUUAGUGUUAUUCUCAAGGAUUUUUACAUGGAUGAUCUACUUACUGGUGCAUCUAGUAAAGAAGAACUUCGAUUGUUGCAGCAAAAUAUUUCCGAAAUAUUGAGGGAAGGGGGGUUUGAACUUCGUAAGUGGGCAUCGAACUGCGCUGAACUAAUCGCAAGCAUUUCCAAUGCAUCUACGAACAUAUCACAUUAUAUUGUCGACGAUAAGGAUGUUCACGCUUUAGGUCUUAUCUGGAACACAGAAGGAGACUACCUCACGUUUACUAUUAACUUGAGGGAACCGCCAGUUAAGUUGACCAAGCGUAUGUUUCUAUCAGAUGCAAGUACGCUCUUCGAUCCUCUGGGCCUACUUGCUCCCGCUACUAUAAAUUCAAAAAUUUGGUUUCAAGACAUAUGGCGCACUAAGGUAGGUUGGGAUGAUAUCAUUCCUGAGUCUAUCGCAACGAAGUGGUUGGAGCAUCGCAUAGAGCUCAAGCAAUUGGCACAUUUGAAGGUGAACCGUUGGUUUGGUACUGAAGUAGCUGGGUCAUUUACGCAAUUGCACGUAUUCGCAGACGCGUCCGAGCGCGCUUACGCCGCCGUCUUGUAUGCACGAACAACACAAAGCGACGGUAGCAUUACAGUGUCAUUAAUUUCGUCGAAAACCAAAGUAGCUCCACUUAAGCCGACAACGUUGCCACGUCUUGAAUUAUGCGCCGCUCAUCUUGCUGCUAAACUAGUGCGAAGCGUGCUGCAUUGCUGGUCUGAAAUCCGUUAUCCGCUUUUCGCUUGGACUGAUUCUACUAUAACAUUGGCAUGGUUACAAGCUCACCCCAGCAGAUGGGUGACAUUUAUAGCCAACCGCGUAGCUGAUAUUCAAGAAGUUUUGCCUCCCGAAUGUUGGAACCACGUUCGUUCUGAACAGAAUCCUGCAGAUUGUGCUUCAAGAGGUAUAACUCCCUCCGAAUUAUUACGUCAUCAAUUGUGGUGGGCUGGUCCUAUUUUCCUGAAAAGCACUGAACAAUUAUGGAAGCAGAAAAAAUCUAAAGAGCACACUACAGAGCUGGGCAUACGAAAUAGUAUUCGUGCCCAUGUGACUAAUUCUACAGAUUAUUGGUCCGUGAUGACAAAAUACUCAUCGUAUUCUAAGCUGCGUCGAGUUAUUUCCUACGUUUUACGCUUUUUGACUAACAUUCGGGCUAACAGACGGCUUAAUGUUAUAAAGCGUUUUGGUACACCGAGUUGCCAAGAGUUAUUUGAAGCUGAACUUCGCCUAAUAAGCGCUAAAAGACCAAUCCCACUUCGCAGUAGUCUUUUGCGUCUGCAGCCCUUUCUGGAUGAGACUUGUGUUCUACGUGUUGGAGGAAGAAUAAAAAAUGAUGAAGUCGCUCCAGAUGUUAAGCAUCCCAUUAUCUUGCCUAAGAAUUGUCCGCUUGCUAAGUUAAUAAUCUGCGAAAUACACAAGGUCACUUUGCACGCUGGGCCCCGCAUUAUGCAAACUGUCUUGCAACGUCGUUAUUGGGUUAUCGGCGCUCGUAGCUUGAUCCGUAAUAUAUACCAUAAGUGCGUGAAAUGCACUUAUUUGAACCGCAAUCUUACCACACAAGUCAUGGGUGAUCUACCUGAAGUUCCACUAUCAUACGAAGAGUUCAACACACUUUUGACUGAAAUAGAAGCUUGCGUAAACUCUCGCCCCCUCUGUGACAACUCUGAAGCUGCAGGUGACUUAGAAGUUUUAACUCCCGGACAUUUCAUAGUCGGUGAACCGCUUAAGUCAAUACCGGAACCUGAGGGUCAAGGGUUUCGUGGAAAUCUUCGACAGCGAUGGCAAGCAAUUUCUGCCAUGAGACAACAUUUCUGGCGUCGUUGGAGAGACGAGUACCUCGUGAGCUUACAACGUCGCACUAAAUGGUUUCGUUCUUCACGCAACAUUGAAGAAGGGGAUGUGGUUGCUGUAUUCAACGAGCCUAAUCCUCCGACGAAGUGGACGAUUGCACGAGUGAUCAAAUGCCAUCAUGGUACCGAUGGACGCGUAAGAGUAGUUACGUUGAAAACACCGCAUGGCGAAUUGGUUCGCCCUAUAGUCAAACUUUGCCUUUUGCCAACGAAAGGAGAUUUAUUUCAUGAAGAAACCAAUAACUUAUCGUAA